AGAAGCUGAGAUAAAUACUGCUUUAAGAAAUACUCCUUAUCAUUACAAAUUUCAAAGCAGAAAAGUAGUAGUACAGAAAAGAAAGUUUUCGAACAAAAAUGUAUGUGACUAGGCCUCUUUCGAUGUACAAAAGAAAUCCCUCAGCUCUUUCGUCAGCUCCUCCUGAAGGUUCAAAUUCUGGUAUAUUGAUAAUACAAGAUGAAGAAGUUGAUCUUACUUGUUGUUUUUGCUGCUCCAAGAUCGAUUUUGUCAAAGACCUGCCUUUCCCGCAGAACAAGAAUCUAACAGUUAGCUACACCACAACCACAGGUAAUAAUGGACAGAGUAAUAAUGGGCAGACGACUACUAACAGUAGUAACCAAGUUAUCUUCAUCCCUGUGCUUAAUCAGCCACUGUCUUCCAACCGAUACUACGUGAUCGAGCGUCAAGGGAAGCAUAAAGGGGAAGCACACACAAAUGCUAAAGAGGAAGACGAAACAACGUGCUGUUUUGGCUUCUGUAGACAUAAUCCGGAUAAGGAACCGCAGUCUUUCGACCCCAAGGACGUGUACGAGCAAUUUGAGAUUAGCAAGAGUAACAGGUUUGGUUACGUUUCAAAAUCGGUGGCUCCAGAUGGCAUCCCUCCAAUUUUCUUAAGGAGAAAAGGCUGGACAGUGUCAACCUCAACUGCACGUGAUUUUGAAUUGAAGGAAGCAGCAGGCCUUGACAGAAAUCUCCGAGCCCGCCUUCCAGAUUUCCACUUGCCAUUAUCACAAAGAAGUUCUGCACCUGUUGCUGUAGGAAACUGGUAUUGUCCUUUCAUGUUUAUCAAAGAAGGAAAACUGAAGGACCAGAUGAGUAUUUCAAGGUACUAUGAAAUGACACUGGAACAAAGAUGGGAACAAAUUUUCGCAAGUGAAUAUAAUUCUAGUGAAGGCAACUCUGUCGUUGUGGAUGCUGUUGUUCAAAGAGAAACGGUUGCUGUUGCAGGUAGAGAAGCUGCACCUGACAAAAGGAAUGCAGUUGAUGGGGUGAUGUGGUUUAGGAGCUCCGGCGAUGUUGGAGGAGAAGCAAGUGUGGGGUUGAGUUUAGAAAUUGUGGGGGGGAUGAAGUGGGAGCAAGAAAGAGCUGGAUGGCUUGGCGGCGGCGGGAGUGAUGUUACGGUGAAGAGAGUGGAGGAGUUCGGAGGGGUUGGUGGCUGGAAGAAAUUUGGAUGUUACGUGCUGGUUGAGAGGUUUGUGUUGAGGAGAAUGGAUGGAAGCUUGGUGCUAACUUAUGACUUCAAGCACACUCAUCAAGUUAGGAGCAAAUGGGAAUGAGAUUAAUACUCUUCGAUUCUUUUUAAUAUUUAAAUAUAAUAGAUAUUCAUAAGAAAGAGAGGAAAAAUAUAUUUUCUCCUUGAAAUUGUCUUUUUUUAUUAUUUUUUGUUUUGACAAUAAAAUUAUUUCUUUAUCAGCA